UUUUCCCACUCGUGCAGUGGUGGGGUCGUGGGGUGCGCAAGAAGUUCGUUGACGUUGUCUUUGACAGUAUUUUUAUCCAUUAAAACACAAUUUAUAUAAAGUUCCGACUGAACCCUGGAAUUAUUAGAUGAUUUGCCAGCACAGCCGUUUGAAAAUUUAGCUCAAGAAUGGUUUGAGGGCACAGUUGCGAUGCUUCCUUGGAGCUGACAAAGUGACAAAAUCCAGAUAAAAAAGUGAGAAGAUUUUUAGAAUUAACAUGGCAAUCAUCAGCGUUUGUCGACUGGUCAGAUUAAGGACGUGGAAUCAGUUUUGCGCCAUUCAAAGACUUAACUCAAGUCAAAUAACUACUUCUUCACCCCCACCUGGAAGUCCUGUGGCUGUGCUUCAUGAGAAAAUUGACAAAGGCGAGCUCAUUCGAGACGACUACCAACUGCUUAUCGCCGAAGAGCUGCAGAGGGUUUACCUGGACGUGCAGAGCUAUCAGCCUCAAAAACCGAGCCUGCUCGGACGAUGGUUCGGAGCCGAGAAGAAAAUUGAGGCCCCUCAAGGGCUGUACCUGUACGGUGCUGUCGGCGGUGGCAAGACGAUGUUGAUGGACCUUUUCUUCAACUGCUGCAAAAGCGUCACUAUGAAGCAGCGAGUCCAUUUUCAUGCGUUCAUGCAGGAUGUGCACACCCGGAUCCACGAGAACAAACAACUGCAGUCACAGGCCAGUGACGGCGGCCGCACCAGCAAAUCCAGAUCUUACGACCCCAUACCACCGGUGGCUGACUCUAUCAGCAAAGAGGCCUGGCUCAUCUGCUUUGAUGAAUUCCAAGUGACGGAUAUUGCUGAUGCCAUGAUUUUGAAGCGCCUUUUUACAGCGCUCUUCCGUUCCGGAGUGGUCGUGGUGGCUACAAGCAACAGAGCACCGGACGACUUGUACAAAAACGGACUCCAGAGGUCCAACUUUCUGCCAUUCAUCGGUGUACUUAAGUCGCGCUGCAAAGUGGUCAGCCUUGAUUCUGGCAUUGACUACAGGCUCAAAUCACUCCCUGGCAGGCAGAGGAGCUAUUUUGUCAAGAAGGAUUGCGAAGCAAACCUAGAAGCGGACAAAAUUUUCAAAUUUCUCUGUUCGAUGGAGAAUGACAUCAUUCGACCGAAAACUCUCAGGAUAAAGGGCAGGAACGUUACCUUCCAGCGCACUUGUGGACAAGUGGCUGACUGUACCUUCGAGGAACUUUGUGAUAGGCCUUUGGGCGCCAGCGAUUACUUAAAAAUGGCGCACGCCUUCCACACAAUCCUCAUCAGAGAUGUUCCUGAGCUCAGUUUGAAACUAAAAUCUCAGUCCAGGCGGUUUAUUACGCUCAUCGACACCCUCUAUGAUAAUCGAGUCAGGGUUGUGAUCACUGCUGACGCUUCACACAAAGAGCUCUUUGUGGCUGUCCUUGAUGAACAUGACCACCCGGCUGACGACCACAGAGCUUUGAUGGAUGAUCUGGGAAUCAAACUUGGCUCUGAAAAUGCCUCGGCAAGCAUAUUCACUGGUGAAGAGGAGCUCUUUGCCUUUGACCGGACAGUGUCCAGAUUGGCUGAAAUGCAGACGAGGGAAUAUUGGGAGCAGUGGGAAAAGCAUAAGUAAAGCUUAGCUGGUUUGAGCUGUUGCAGCUGCCAAGUGAAAAGACCAGUUCCGCUCAGUCUGCGCGAGGAUCCCGGCUGGCUCGGUAGUGCGAACGAGAGCUUACAGGACACAUACAUUCAAAGCAGCGCUCA